AUGGCUAACUCAAUUAGGGGUGUAGCAAGGAGGACGUUGGGAGUGUCAUCCGAAAAUGUCAGUGAUCAGAAAGAGUCUCGGUGGUGGAAUGAUGAUGUACAAGCCAAAGUACAAUUCAAGAAGGGGUGUUUUACAAAAUUAGUGUCUUGUCCUGAUGGGCCAGAUCGCCAUAUAAAGAGGGAGUUAUUUAAAGUUGCAAAAAGAAUGGCUAAACAGGCAGUCGCGGACGCAAAAGCUAAGGCGUAUCAGGAAAUGUAUAGGUGUCUAGGUACUAAGGAGGGAGUGAAUGAAAUUUUUAAACUUGCAAAGGCACGUAACAAGAGACGUCAAGAUAUUUCUUCGUUUCGAUAUAUUAAAGUUGAGGAUGAUCAUGUUUUACUUCAUGAGGUGGAUAUUACAGCGAGAUGGGGUAGGUAUUUUUCUAGGUUAUUUAAUGCAGCCCGAGGAAGGGAGAUUGUAUUUGACCAAGAGAUUGUUCAUGAUCCUGACGGUGAUGCUGGUGCGAGUCAAGAUAUUACUGUGGCAGAGGUACGCGCAGCCUUAGGCAUGAUGGGUAAAGGUAAAACAGUUGGGUUAGAUGAGAUUCCGGUUGAGGUGUGGCAGUGUUUGUCGGAACAGGGUGUACGCUGGUUGACGACUCUUUUUAAUGUUAUCUUUCGGACAUCCAGGAUGCCGAGUGAAUGGCGGUUGAGUGUUGUUGUUUCUAUCUAUAAAAAUAAAGGUGAUGCUCAAAGUUGUAGUAAUUAUCGUGGGAGGUCAACCAUUGAAGCGAUUUAUCUCAUUCGUUGUCUUAUGGAGAAAUAUCGAGAGCGUCGUAAGGAUAUUCAUAUGGUGUUUAUAGAUCUUGAAAAGGCUUAUGACAGUGUACCACGGGCUGUUCUUUGGAGAUGUUUAGCAGCGCGAGAGGUUCAAGCGGUGAAUAUUCGAACCAUACAAGAUAUGUAUUCAGCGGUGGGAACAUGUGUUCGGAUACCUGUCGGCGAUACUUAG